AUGGCCUCACCGCAAACCUCGCCGCCGCCUUCCGAACGAACCCCCCUCCUCUCCGGCCCUGAAGAUGACACUCGAUCAAGUUACUCCGACCAGCCCAAUGGCGAUGUACCCGCUCCAUCGUCUGAGUCGCCGGGUUCUCCAAAAUCCAAAAAGCAGCCGAGAUGGCCCAGCAUAAUAGCUCUGACUAUUCUAUGCCUACUGGUAGUAGCAGUAUGCUUUGGUCUCACCCUGCCGUCUACAAUCGAAGAAUAUGCGAAAGAAUGCCUCGUCUUCGAGCCCACCAAGCUGUCCAUCGAUUCCUUUACUUCUCUCGGCAUCCGUGCUAGGAUUCAAGGAGACUUUUAUAUGGAUGCUUCAAGAGUACGCAACAAGGCAACAAGGGAUCUCGGCAGAUUUGGGACCUGGCUGGCAAAAGAAGUCAAGAGCGGAGAAUCAGAGGUCAAUGUCUAUCUGCCGGCGUACCACAAUGUCCUCUUGGGGACAGCCACUAUUCCCCCUGUCCGUGUCAACAUCCGAAAUCACCACUACAACCACCUCGACUUCUUCGUUGACCUGGAGCCGGGUGAUCUUGACGGGGUCCGAAGAGUUGCCAAAGAUUUCAUGGAUCGAAAACUGGAGGAAAUCACCGUCGAUGCCGUCGCAACUGUCUCCUUGCAGAGUGGAUUGAUCAAGCUGGGCAAACAGACCAUUUCGCAAACUCUACAAUUCAAAGGUCAGGCUGUGCCGGCGGUGCCAAAGUUUGAUAUUCAACAACUCCGUUUUGCCGAAUAUGGUCUGCCGGGGCAUCCUGAGGGUGUCAAGGCCAUGGCGAUGGUUUCUGUCAUGAAUCGAUAUCCCGUCAAAUUUGAUGUGCCGCCAUUGGCAUUUGAGGUUCUUCUCCCAGACUGCGCGGACAACUACCUCCUAUUCGGAACAGCCAGGACAGAUGUUAUCCAUAUCCUCCCAAAGCAAAAUAUCAGCGCGAGCGUUAUCGGCUUGGUGAAGCAGUUGCCUACAUCUCUGACAUCUGUGUGCCCUGGCUCGAAGUCCUCCCCUUUGGACAGUCUAGUGGCCGACUACCUCGCUGGCCGCAAUACCACUGUCUACAUCCGUGGCGGCCAACAAGACGAGAACACUCCCGAUUGGAUAGGGAAGCUCUUGCACGAUACCACGCUCCCGUUCUCCCUUCCGGGUCAUCCCUUUGACAAUCUCAUCAAAAAUUUCUCGUUGACGGAUGUUCACUUUGCUCUGCCGGAUCCGAUGACAGGCUCACGGCCAGAGAUAUCGGCGGUUGUCCAAGUAUUGGUCGGACUACCUGCUGAAAUGAACGUCAAUUUGGAUGUUGAUAAGGUCAGAGCCGACGCUGACGUUUUCUACAAAGGAGAGCUCCUCGGCAACCUUGACCUUUCCAAAUGGCAAGCGGCAAAUGCGACGCAGGUGGAUGGUGACUUGUUGAUCCAGUCCAUUGUCAAAGAUGCACCGCUUGAGAUCAAAAACCAGGCGGUAUUCUCUCAAGUAGUGCAGUCGUUGAUCUUUGGGAAAGGAGCUUCGCUCGCCGUGGAAGCAACUGUUGACGUCAACACGCAUACCGCUCUGGGAGAAUUUGUAGUCCGCCGAAUACCAGCAAAAGGCCAAAUCUUCAUCAAGCCCCUUCGCGCAGGGGAUUUUCAAAUGCCAGAAAUCAAGGGUAUGGAAGUCGUUGACUCGUCGGAAACCUCAUUAACCAUACAGGCAAGGGUUAAUGUGACAAAUCCCACGGACUAUUCGGCCAAGAUUCCCUACUGCAAUGUUAGUAUUUGGGUCAACAACACUCGCGUCGGUUACGCAUGGGCAUAUUCACAACAUGUCGUGCCGGGCCCCAAUAAUCUUACGGCAAAUGCCUCAUGGGAGAUUGGGACCGUUGGAAGAGAAUGGCUUUCUCAAUAUAUCUCAGGGCAUAAUACGAGUCUAACUAUCAAAAGCCAUGCUGGCUCGAUACCGAACUUUCCUGAUCCCGGCGUGGAAAUGACGGUACCGGCUCCACAUAUGCUGUCACAUCCCCUGAGAGAAGCAACGAUGCAUAUUUUUUCCUCGACUGCAACGUUCAUUCUGGUUUCACCUCUCGCCUUUUAUGUCACCAACAUUGCAGCUGCUGCCUUUUACAACGAGUCAGAAGUGGGAACAAUCGAAUGGAACUAUCCUUUUGCGAUCGAGCCCGGAGAGAAUCUAACGCCCCGGUUGCCCGUCGAAUGGGGUGGGAAUGCUCUGGGCACGAUCAGGGAAGCUCUCGGGGGCACCUUGAAAUUAGACGCAAAGGCCGAUGUUGGCGUGCGGAUAGACACAUCUCAAUGCGAUUUAGAUUGCUUCUGUAAUCACCCCUGUGGCGUUAUUUCGCUCGAAAGGGAGACCGUGAUCCUGGUCAGUCCCAAUCCAGGCGAGAAUUUUCUGUCGUGUCGGCGCAAGCUCGGCAACCUCGCGGGUACUCUACCGGUCACGUUCAAAAUGAGCUCCCAAACACCCACAUACAUGAAAUCUCUUAAUGCCCAACUCCGGAAAAGGGGCCUGGAGAUGGUUCUGGAGCCCAACGCCAACCCGGCGCUGGGGAACGUCUACACUUUCCGGUCGAUCAAACCGGGCAUGACGAACAAGGACGUGGCGUACCGCCUGAACUACGCCGGGGAGGUGUGCAAAUGGAGUGCGUCGAGGAGGAAAGCCAUCGACAAGGCAGCCAAGAAGGUCAAGGCCCAGAAGGACAAGGAGGAGAGAGAGCGGAAGCGCGCGGCGAAGGAGAAGAAGGAGAAGAAGAAGAAGAGGAAGAAGAAGAAGAAGAAGAAGAAGAAGAAGAAGAUGAAGAAGAAGAAGAAGAAGAAGAAGAAGAAGAAGAAGAAGAAGAAGAAGAAGAAGAAGAAGAAGAAGAAGAAGAAGAAGAAGAAGAAGAAGAAGAAGAAGAAGAAGAAGAAGAAGAAAGCUGUGCAGAAGAAACUGGCGGCGUUGGAUUGA